GGCUUAGACGCGCCGUUACACGUGCAGUCAUAGAGACGAUAAACCCCUCAUGAAAACGGCAAGUACUAUCAAGAUCACUUUAGAAAUCCAUUAUGGCUGCUGAUUGAACUUGAUGCUGAGUGGAGUUUUGAUUCGUGCUCCACCACAAGUUUGCCAUAAAACGUGCUGCAUUUUUUGCCUAUUGGGGCUCAAUACUACAGCAAGGUUUGAAGAUGUCUCAUGGAAGUGGAUUUAGUGGUACUGGAAAGCUCAGGCAGUUCAUGUGCAUUGAAUAUCCAGGUGUCGUAGAGAAUGUUGACAAGAUGAUAGAAACACUGGGUGGUAUUGAAAAAGUCUCAGAGGUUUAUUGUGAGGAUAAUCGGAGAAUGGAAUUGCGUUUUCGUCCAAAUGAUGUUUACUGCAAACCUACGUGUGGUGAGCGACACAACUCUACUGCUUUGCUGCUGCGGGUUGUGCGAAGGAAGAAGAAGAAGAAAUAUCAGGAACAAGAACCAGAAGUGGAUCCCUUGGAUGUGUCAGAGGAAGCAGCCACAAAGAACCAGGAGGAGUUAAGCAUCAAAACGGAUUUGAUUGGUGUUGUCCAUACUACAUAUAAAUUUAAUAAUCUGUGUGACUUCCAGUAUGUUCCUUUAAUUAGUAUGGAAGAUGGAGAGCCACAAAUCUGUGUUUACAACCAGCUUGUUCCAAGAGGGAUGGAGAAGGCUGACUGGUUAAACCAACCAGCACCAUUGUAUCUGCCACCAGCUGCUUUCACUCGCAUGGACACCCCACAGGAUUAUCGCUACAGGAGAGAAGCAAACUCUGAAAGUAAAUCCAAGAUGCCCCAGAACAUUAUUUGUCGUACCCGCCAGAGGAGAACGCAUUUUGCCAUCUUUCAUUCCUUUAAGGAUGAAGAAGUACCUAAGGAUCCCCUGCCUGGAGCUAUGUCACAGAUUCGUGUAAAAUUCAUGGAUACUGCACUCUACCAGGGCCUUAAAAAUGAGUUUGAAAAGCGGCCAAUAUGGUCAAAAAAUGCUCUACGAGUUAGAUUAGACUAUACCAAAGAUAAACUUAAGUAUCUACUACCAACUUUGUCCUACUACUUCCACACUGGCCCUUGGAGAAACUUAUGGGUCAGGCUUGGUUACGACCCUCGCAAGGACCCCAAUGCCUGGAUUUACCAGACCUUUGACUACCGCAUCAGACAAGCUGGUGGUGUAAAAACAAAGGUAGAAGCAAAGCGUAGUUACUCCAACUAUGUCUUGCCUUACAAGAGCUCCAACGCAUCACGAAGGAAAACUUCAGUCAUCCAGUCACUGCACCUUGGUGAGGCUGGAGAUGAUGGCAGUGAAGAGGUAGCUGGUGUAGAUAAGAACUUGGAAGAGCUCUAUGUCUUUCGACCUGGGAUGAUUCCGCCAUACCGACAAAUGUUUUAUCAGUACUGUGAUAUCCAAGUUCCUGAAAUUCAGAAGCUUCUGGAGGAGUCCAUACUGAGUGGAGCUAACAAAGUAUGUUCAGAGAAAUUUGGAUGGUUACCUGCAGGUGUUGAAGCCAAAUCACGAGACAUAAUGUCACAUCUCAUAGAGAAAACUAUUGCCGAGAGAACAGCCCAGGGACAGGGGUUAGACGAGGAAGAGCUACGGUCCAACUCUGAUACGGAUUCCCCUACCGAGGGAAAUUCCACUGAGGAGGAGACUGGGGAGUAGACAACUAGAUAAGAUAUACUUAUCUAAUAUAAGUGUAUUAUUGAAUAUAUAUUCAUAUAUUCAUAAAUAAGAUAUACAAUCAUUCUACAUAAGAUAUACUGUAUCUACUAUGUGUAUGAUUGAAAAAGAUCCUAAGAAAAUAUUGAUAUUUUGUAUAAUUACAUCUUUCAAUAAAUAAAAAGUAAA